UAUGUUCAUUGAAUUUCUCAGCUGCUCAAGAUAUAAUGACCAAAACCGCGACCGAUUGCUGGACUUCCUUUGCUCCCUAUUUGGCAAAUGUUGUAUGUUGUCCUCAAUUUGAUGCCAUGUUGAUAACGCUGAUAGGUCAGUCAAGUAAAUACACAGGACUGUUAGCUUUGAACAAAACUCAUGCUAACCACUGCCUCUCAGAUAUUCACAAGCUUUUGGUUAGUCAAGGAGCAAAUGAAAACCUAAACACCAUUUGCUCAGUUCAUCCAUCAAAUCUCACCGAAGGCUCGUGUCCCGUUGCAUCCGUCGACGAAUUGGAGAGCAUUGCAGACUCUUCUAGACUUCUAACUGCUUGUAGAAAAAUUGACCCUGUAAAUGAGUGUUGUGAUCAAGUUUGCCAAAACGCAAUAGAUUACGCUGCAAGGAAAAUCGCCUUCAAUGAUAUGUCUAAUUCGAAUGGAAACCAUAGCUUGCCUCCAAAGUUAGCUCGGAUCAAGGAUUGUAAGAAUAUCAUCCUACGCUGGCUGGCCGGAAAACUCAAUCCAUCCACUUCAAAUAGUGUUUUUAGAGGACUUUCAAAUUGCAACCUAAACAAAGUCUGCCCGUUGGUUUUUCCGAAUGUCACAAGAAUUGCGAAAGAAUGUGGAAAUAAGAUAAGAAAUCAAACAACUUGCUGCAAAGCCACUAAAAGUUACGUGACCCGUUUGCAAGAACAAAGCUUUGUGACCAAUCUUCAAGCCUUAAAAUGUGCUGUAUCACUUGGAAAGAAGUUGCAGAAAGAAAACGUCUCCGAAAAUGUCUACAAUCUUUGCCACAUAAGCUUGAAAGAUUUUUCUCUUCAAGUUGGAUCACAAGAAUCGGGAUGCCUUUUGCCGAGUUUGCCUUCUGAUGCAGUAUUCGAUAGAACUUCGGGAAUCGGAUUCAUUUGCGACCUUAAUGACAACAUUGUUGCUCCGUGGCCUAUGACAUCUUACGCACUACAAUCUUCGUGCAAUAGAACUACAAAACUUCCAUCCCUUCCUACAGCAACAUCUUCUCAAAAUGGUCUUUUCAUUAAUAUUUUAGUUUUGCCUCCACUUUUCACCUCUAUACUACUUCUCAAGAGGCUUCUUUAGCAAUAUCAUUGUUUCAAAAUUCAUUGAAGUUGUAAACAUGUUAUGUUUCCUUUUACAAAGAGAUAAUAUAGAAAAAAAAAGAAUUUCCUUAAGUUCUUUCUGUAUUGG